GAUGCUCUCAGUAUCUCUGCCUUCUGGGUCCAAAUGGAGUCCUCUACAGCCUUUGAGAAUAUCACCUUUUAUUAUGAUGAUACACCAAGUCGUCUAUGUGAGAACAAGACCAUCUUUGCCACCUUCUCCACCAUUGUCCUGUACUCUCUGGUAUUUCUCCUCAGCCUGGUGGGUAACAGCCUGGUUUUCUGGGUCUUGGUGAAGUAUGAGAAUCUAGAGUCACUCACCAAUAUCUUCAUCCUCAACCUGUGUCUCUCAGACCUUAUGUUCUCCUGCCUGCUGCCUGUGUGGGCCUCAGCACAACAUUGGGGUUGGUUGCUAGGCGAUUUCCUCUGCAAGCUCCUCAACCUGAUAUUCUCCAUCAGCCUCUACAGCAGCAUCUUCUUUCUCACCAUUAUGACCAUCCACCGCUACCUGUCUGUAGUGAGCCCCGUCUCUACUCUGGGUAUCCAUACCCUCCGCUGCCGUGUGCUGGUGACCAUAUCUGUGUGGACAGCCAGCAUCCUGUCUUCCAUCCCUGAUGCUAUCUUCCACAAGGUGAUUUCCCCAAAAUGUGAUUAUUUUGAACUCGGUGGAUUCUUGGCCUCAGUCUAUCAGCACAACAUCUUCUUCCUCCUCUCCAUGGGGAUUAUCCUAUUCUGUUAUAUACAGAUUCUGAGGACCUUGUUUCGCUCAAGGUCCAGACAGAGGCACCGGACAGUCAGGCUCAUCUUCACCAUUGUGGUGGCAUACUUCCUCAGCUGGGCUCCCUACAACCUCAUCCUCUUCCUAAGGACACUGCAAGAAACUGGAAUCAUCCAGCAGACCUGUGAGAUCAGGCAGCAGCUGGACAUGGCUAUGAUCAUCUGCCGCAAGCUGGCCUUCUCCCACUGCUGCUUCAACCCAGUGCUUUAUGUCUUUGUUGGGGUCAAGUUCCGCAGACACUUAAAACGUCUCCUCCAGCAGGUCUGGCUGUGCCGGCAGAAGACAUCUAGCCCUGUCUCAUCCUCCUACUCCCCUGGUGCCUUCAUGUAUGAGGGCCCCUCCUUCUACUGAGAGGAGAGGGCAGCCACACAGAAGUGACUAAGGGAGUUGGAGGAAGGCAAGAAGUGGAUCAGGAAGAACACUGAAUAUGACACAACAGUGGAGAUGCCAGCAACUACUGCAGGGGUGUGGAGGAAAGAAAUGACAGCUGUGGGAAAGUGGCUUCCAGAUGGGCAAUCCAAAGCAAUACUUCCUGGACUCAGCUCAUCAUUCAUUCUCUCACUUAGACAUAGAUUGUUUAUCAGUGGUUGGUCAGAAGAUCCUAAAUGGAAGAAUUUCCAGAUUUUGGGAGGGCUCAAAGCUCUCAGUAUGUGCUAAUUGUGCAGUGAGGUUACUGGCACAUAGGAUUGUCCCAACUGAUC